AUGAUAGCUUCGCCCUUCUCCUUCGCUUCCUUCGCCUUUCGAGUUCUGCUGGCCGUUCGCGGGGAGCAGUUCUUCAGUUUAGCCGGCCAAGCUGACGUGAUCUACUCCAACAGUGUGGCCUUCGCCGCCAAGAAGACAGACGGCAGCGUAGUGACUUGGGGUGCUUCUUGUUGUGGUGGAGACUCCAGCAGCGUGAGCGGCCAGCUGACGGAUGUGGACGUGAUCUACGCCACCCAGUAUGCCUUCGCCGCCAAGAAGACAGACGGCAGCGUAGUGACUUGGGGUGCUUCUUUUUAUAGUGGAAACUCCAGCAGCGUGAGCGGCCAGCUGACCGAUGUGGACGUGAUCUACGCCACCCUGUAUGCCUUCGCCGCCAAGAAGACAGACGGCAGCGUAGUGGCUUGGGCUCAUUCUGAUGGUGGAGACUCCAGCAGCGUGAGCGGCCAGCUGACCGAUGUGGACGUGAUCUACUCCACCGAGCGGGCCUUCGCCGCCAAGAAGACAGACGGCAGCGUAGUGACUUGGGGUGGUUCUUCUCAUGGUGGAGACUCCAGCAGCGUGAGCGGCCAGCUGACCGAUGUGGACGUGAUCUACGCCACCUGGUUUGCCUUCGCCGCCAAGAAGACAGACGGCAGCGUAGUGACUUGGGGUGAUUUUCAUGAUGGUGGAGACUCCAGCAGCGUGAGCGGCCAGCUGACCGAUGUGGACGUGAUCUACGCCACCCAGCAGGCCUUCGCCGCGAAGAAGACAGACGGCAGCGUAGUGACUUGGGGUGCUUCUUGUUGUGGUGGAAACUCCAGCAGCGUGAGCGGCCAGCUGACCGAUGUGGACGUGAUCUACGCCAACAGUGUGGCCUUCGCCGCCAAGAAGACAGACGGCAGCGUAGUGACUUGGGGUGCUUCUUAUGGUGGUGGAGACUCCAGCAGCGUGAGCGGCCAGCUGACCGAUGUGGACGUGAUCUACGCCACCCAGCAGGCCUUCGCCGCUAAGAAGACAGACGGCAGCGUAGUGACUUGGGGUGGUUCUUCUUAUGGUGGAGACUCCAGCAGCGUGAGCGGCCAGCUGACCGAUGUGGACGUGAUCUACGCCACCUGGUUUGCCUUCGCCGCCAAGAAGACAAACGGCAGCGUAGUGACUUGGGGUAAUCCUUCUUAUGGUGGAGACUCCAGCAGCGUGAGCGGCCAGCUGACCGAUGUGGACGUGAUCUACGCCACCUGGUAUGCCUUCGCCGCCAAGAAGACGGACGGCACCGUGGUGACUUGGGGUGAUUCUUUGAGUGGUGGAGACUCCAGCAGUGUGUCGUUCGAGGUGCCUGCUUCAGUGUGA